AUGCCUUCAUCACGCCUCUUCUUCGUUUUCGCUCUUUUGGCAGCCCUUGCGCUCGCCGCACCAUCACAAGUUCGGAGACGAGGUCUCGCAAAACGCUCUUUCAAGGUCCCCCGCCAGUUGAACAAGGCCCACCCCACUGGACCCAAUGGCGCUGCUGCUAUGAGGAAGGUGUUUAGGAAGUACAACUUCGUGGUUAAGGAGGACUUUGGAGGAUACAGCAGGGCAGCGGCAGGCAUGAACGCGACUACCACAGCUGCUGGUGGUAACAAGACCGGAACCGUCGCCGCCAACCCCGAGCAGAACGCUGCUCUCUUCCUUUCGCCAGUCGAUGUUGGCGGUCAGAUGCUGAACUUGGACUUCGACUCUGGCUCUUCCGAUCUGUGGAUGUUCAGCACUGACCUUGACGCCGCUUCCAUCGGCCAGCACGCUGCCUUCGAUGCCUCCAAGUCGACUACCUUCAAGAAGACCGAGGGUGCACAGUGGAAGAUCAGUUACGGUGACGGUUCUGGUGCUGCUGGAACUGUCGGCACGGACACUGUCACUAUCGGAGGCGUCAAGGUUGAGGGCCAGACCGUUGAGUUGGCCAACCAGGUUUCGCAGUCUUUCGUUCAGGACACCAACACCGAUGGUCUUGUCGGUCUUGCUUUCUCCAACCUCAACACUGUCAACGACGGCACCAAGAAGACCCCCCAGAAGACCUUCUUCGACAACGUCAUGAACGAUCUCGACAUGCCCGUCUUCACGGCCGACCUUGACCCCGAUGGCACAGGUGUCUACGAGUUCGGCAAGAUCGAUGCCACCAAGUUCGAGGGCGAGAUGGCCUGGAUCCCCGUCAAGGCUGAGACCGGUUUCUGGCAGUUCCCCUCUACCAAGUUCGCCGUCGGUGACCAGCUCUUCGAGAACCCCCAGGGCUCUGACGCCAUUGCCGACACCGGUACAUCUCUCCUCCUCGUCGACCAGCAGGUUGCCGACGCCUACUACUCCAAGGUCCAGGGCGCUCAGCUCAACGCUCAGGUCGGCGGUUACAUCUACCCCUGCGCCGCUACCCUCCCCGACAUGUCUGUCGCUAUCGGCGACACCUACAUGGCCAAGAUCCCUGGUAACCAGAUCACCUUCGCCACAGUCGACAAGGCCAACACUACCUGCUUCGGCGGUGUUCAGGGUAACCAGGGUGCUGGUCUUCAGAUCUACGGUGAUACCAUGUUCAAGGCUCAGCUCGUUGCCUUCAACGGUGGCAACCAGUCGCUCGGCUUCGGCCAGAAGCCUGCUGUACAGUAA